AUGAAGCUCCCUGGAUUUGAAUGUGAUUUCUUCAAGAAUGGCUUGGGUUAUUCAAACUCGUUGAAAGCGCACACGGGCUGUGUAAACGCUGUGAGCUACUCCAAGACCAAUGGAUCGAGACUCAUGGCCACAGGCGGCGAUUGCACGAAUAUCUAUAUAUGGGAUUUAUACAGGGAUAUCGAAGACGCAAUCCCCAUAGGCGCAUUUAGUGGUCCAACCAAGAAUAUUUUCACUCUCGAAUUUAACAGCACUGACAGCAUUCUGUACUGCGGCAGCAACGAUUCAGUUAUCUACAAAUACGACCUGGGUGGCGGGAUAGGUGAAUCACUACGCCAUCCACGAGCACCCAGCGACAGGCUAGAUCACCUCGAUGAAAUUGAUCAAAUACGAAAACAAUCUCCAUCCCUGCGCCAGAUAAGCCACGCAUCGUCGCUGUCGCAGAUAUCCGCUCAUCCUACACACCCGUCGCUCAUACUGAGUGCGUCAUCGGACGACGAGUUGCAGCUCACGGACGAGCGCGUCGACCGGGGAGCAAACAUAGCAACAUUCCACACGCAGUCCGAGUGGCGCGAUGUGAAGUGGCAUCCUACCUCUGACCAUCUCUUCGGGUGCUGCGACAGCCUCGGUGGCGUCUACCUCAACGACAUACGCAAAGGUUUCGACGGGUACAAUAUGUCUGAUGGCGCAUUCACCGUGUCCACUAAUCCUUUUGUGCGGAGUGUGGCUGUGAUGCAGUAUAGCGGCACUCUCACUCUCACAAAUGCACACAUACAUGCCGCUAAAGAAGGCUUGCGGCACAGACGCCUCGACUCGUCUUCCAUGUCCUUUAACAACACAGGUGACCUUUUCGGGGUGGUGUACCAGCACGCUUACCCCACCAUCUACUCUAUACGGGAACAAAACCCACUCGCUGUGCUGACGGGAGACUAUACUCCACAAGGAGAGCGCGUGCAGCGUCGUGAAGACACUUACAGCACAGCUUGCACUACCAAGCACUGCUCUUUCCAAGGUGACUACCUGGCCACUGGGUCGGACGAUUUCAGGGGGUAUGUGUGGAAAGUGCCGCCAAGAACGACCAUGAUGGACAGGAGGCGGGUGAUGUCGCGGGAGGAGAUGGAUGAAGGAGGCUUUGCGACUGCAAAUGGGUAUGCGUACGACGUCCGCUCGGCUUUCUCGUCUGGUGCAUCUGCAUCUGCAUCGGACAGCACAGCACCCGAAACUAUCUGCCUGCCUGCGCUGAUCGACAGACCGGCAUUCAGACUAGAAGGGCACGCAAGCAUAGUCAAUUCGGCCAUGAUACACCCUUCACUCCCCCUCAUCGCUACUUCGGGUGUGGAGAAGUCUGUCAAAGUACACACUCCUACGCCGUUUUCUAACAAGUUGCAUAAGAUACCCGCGUUGGAUAAAAGAACUCCCCCAAGUAGACAAAUGGGCGAUGAAACUGGCUCAUCGAGACGCGACUUCUUGUUAGCGCUGCUUAGCUCCCCCGAAGACUCUCACGAUGCUGACAUCGAAGAGGAUCCCAUUACUAUCAAUUUCUUCGAUAGUCUGCUGAGAAGAGAUCGCGAGGUGGAUAUCUGGAAUGAUGAUGAGGAUGACGAGGAUGACAAGGAUGACCAAGAUGACCAAGAUAAUGACCAAGAUGACGAUAUGGAUGAUGAUGGCUUGAGUGCUCCUCUUUCAGAGGAUUCUAUUGAUAUCGACGAGCUGUAUCCCGUUUGA